ACAUAGUGCGCGUCUGGUUAUGUUCUUCUCGCGGGGUUGAAACGCUCAGUUUGAUCGCGACACGGUCCACCGAAGGGUGGUUUCUGCAACGUCGCCGCGAAAAAGGAUUCAAACCGAUGCGCGUCGCAAAGUGUUCCUAGGGCAUUCCUUAUUUUUAUUUUUUUAACCCUCGGCACGAUCCGACAAUAAAUAUAACAUGUUAGCUAAAGACAACAUUAUUAUUCUUUAUUUCAAUUAAUUGAUUCAUUAAAAAGAAGGAUUCGAUCAUUAUUUUGAUUGAAAAUCCCGCGAUGUAAAAAAGUUAACUUUGUAGAAACUUGUAUGCAAGUGUGUUUCCAAAGGACUGAUUUGUGAUUUUGGUCAAUAAGUCAGUAACAAUGCAAUCUCUGGAACAUGAAUCUCGUUAAAAUCUGAAGGACAUCCUCCCCGAGAGAUUAGGCUGCGAUAUAUCUGGGGAAGCGGGAUAGAUAUCGAUAUGUCGACGAUCGAUCGCGCGCUUUAAAGUGAGCCGAGGAAAGUGUCAUAACGUCAAGGUCGCGCGGCGGUGCGUUUCCACGUCCGCUAAGAAACGAUCAAGGUCGUUGCGGUGAGAGCAAGGUCGUCAGGGUCGCGGAAUCGCGAGGAGAAUGUGGAAGAAGGACGCGACGUCGGCCGGGUCGAUCCUCGUCGUUGUCGCCACGUUGAUUUCUUUGACCGACGCCGGAAGCUGCAGCUCCGCGAAGCUCUGCUGUCAGGGCAGAGACUCCGGCUGCGUCAUCCAGAAGGAGUCGCCGAACGCGAUUAUCGAGAGCCCGCGCGAUAAACCGUGUUACUGCGAUCAUGCUUGCCUCAAGCUCGCCGAUUGUUGCGACGACUUCAAAGAGACCUGCGGUGUGGUGGACUGCGCGGUGAGCCAAUGGGGUCCGUGGAGUCAAUGCGAUAACGGAUGCGGAAGUGGCACUCAAAGACGCAGCCGGGUGAUCGAGAUCUCGGAGAAGAAUGGCGGGAAGCACUGUCCUCGUUUGGAUCAAGUCAGGACUUGCCGUAGCUUCCAGGCAUGCCACGCCGGAAUUCGUUUGCAACCGCACGCGAAAAGUGUGACGCUUCUUGCGCUCUUUCCGGGCGACGGGAAUAGUACGGACGUAAGGAUCAAGGAUAGAAUUGUCGAUAAAAGAGGCAGCUGCGUUGCUUUCACUAUUGUACGCGUCUCGCAGGGUUGCAGUAAAAUUUCGGGUUUGCUCUCGGAAGGUUCGCGGAUCUGCGUGGAACAUCCCGGUAACGAGAGUCUGGACCGAUACGUGGGGAUCGGCAGGUGGAAGCUGUCAACCGAUAUCGCCGAUGGCUUGAAAAAUCGGCGCGGUCGAUCGGCCAGUUCCACCUGUCACGGCAAAUGGAUCGGCGACUCGCGACUGCUGGUGGACUGUCACGAUCCGCGAUGCGAGCAGCCGAGUCAAGGCUCGCCGUACACCUCGCAGCUGUUCCGCGGUCGCAGGGACGCCGUCGUCGACGGCGACCCGGACAGAUCUGCGAGGAGACGGAGAAGAGGCAGACGACGGAAGAGAAGCAGAAGGAGAAGGCGCGACGCCGCCGAUCAAGCUGUCGCGGAACGGUGAACGUCUCUCCCGGCGGCUUCCUGGUGUCACAGCAUCUCCCGCGAUUUUUAGUAUCUGCGGCUGUAAACGUGCGGGAUGUCAUCAUUCUCUUCACGAGUACAUAUCGGCGUGUCGAGAGGAUAGAGACUCUCGAAACGAGAUGAACAAAAUGUAAAAGCACAGUCAAUAAAGGACACUUGCACAUA